UUAACGAGAAAUUCGACAGAAACAGUCGUAGAGAAUUUUUCAAGUGACAAGAUUAAAAAUUACAAAAACUGAAUAAAAAUAAUUAGAAAAAUGAAUAACAGCAAAACGAUAAAGAAAACGACACCAAAACAAUUUGAAGCUCUUGUGGAUUUUAUGUGUCAAAACCCAAAUAUAGCUAAAGGAUACCAUAAAAACACAGACAAGUUGUCCAUUAAAGAGCAGUGGAAUAAUUUGCAAAGGAAGCUGAAUAGUUUAGGCCCUCCCACACGUGAGGCUGAAGGUUGGAUGAAGGUAUGGGCAGAUAUGAAGAGCAGCGUUAAGAAGAAAAUCGUGCACAAUAAGAUGGAAAGCCGUGCAACUGGUGGAGGCAUUUUCAACCAGAAGUUGUUGACACCUUUGGAGGAGGCAGUAGCAGGACUACUGCAAAUCAAUUCUAUUGUAAGUCCAGAAUGCCCAUCCAUCGGUGUUCAAAGCUCGCCGGUAAACCUGAUUCAAGAAAUUUUGGAGGACGAAGUUGAUGGACACGUCAGCGAGGACAAUGUAGAAGUGGAUAUCCAACCCAAUACUUCCACUCGAAAAAGGAAGCAACGAACUGUGGACAAAAAUGUACUUCUGGAUCAACAGCUUAAAAUUCAGACAAGUUUAUAUGAAGAAGUAAAAAAGAGUUUGUCGGAAAUCGAGAGGUAUAGUCGCAAAAAUUAUAAAGUUCAAGAAAAACGAUUGAAAAUGGAAAAGGAAAAACUUAGGCUAUACAAAGAACAAAUUAGAAAUAAAGAAAACUAUAGGACCAACAUGUUGAAAUUGAGAACGGAAGAACCCUCAAACAACAAAAAAUUGAGAUAG